AUGGAUGGCACCAAACGCGUUGAUUUCAUUAGCAAACUGCCAUUCGAUAUCGUGAUGGAAAACAUUAUUCCCAGGAUAAUGGGCCAAAAAGGUAGAUCCUUUAAUCUUCGCUACCAAUGGAACUACUUUGCUGUGUGUACCACUUGGAGCACGAGGAUCGCUGCAAGUGAUACGAGCAUUCAUUUUCAUGUCGAAAGCAACAAGCUGACAUCGAAGCAAGAUUGGAGGCGUGUAGAAGCCGUAGCAUGCUGUAUCAAAACUGCCACUGUAACUGCAUACAGCCUUGAAGCCCUUUUCGAUCUCAUUCAAUACGCACAUUUUCCAUCAUUGAAUAAUUUGACAAUAACAGUGACAGGAUUUCAAGCCCAAUGGGUGACGCUCUUGCAAUUGAUCCCCAAUGUGAAAUGCUUGCAAGUUGAAUUUAAAAUGCAGGGGAGACCCAUCCAAUUACUCGACAUGCUGUGUCAAUGUCCCCGGCUUUGGCAUUUGAAGAUUUCAUGGGAUUCACCUUUCUGCUUCACUUUCGGCACGCAAUGCAAGCUCCUAUUUCCCACACUACGCUACCUUGAAGUUUCAAAUGGCCCAUUGAGUAAUCCGAUUAUUCAAAACAUUCUUCCGCUAUUCCCAGGUUUGCAUGUACUACGAUUGGCGGUUCACAUCAAAAGAUAUGAACACUUUGAAAAGAUUCGUUACUAUUGCCCAAACCUACAACAGCUCUUGCUUUGGUCAAGGAAUGAGGAAUCAGCCACAACGAAUGCCUUACUACAACAUGAUCACGGGGAAGGAUGUCGAUCAGUUUCCAUUCGACAGGUACCAUUUCGUGGAGAUUGCAUUGCAAGAUUCCUAAAGGAAAACAGCGCUACGGUCGAAUCAUUUGAGUUGUUGAAAUAUUCGCCUUGUACACCACCCAUCCUUACAUUCGUCAAUGACCCUGUCUCCCUUGAUCGGUUACGCUCCUUGCGAUAUGAUAGGAAUUUACAACGGCCUGAGAUGAAGGUCAUUGAAUGGAUUGUGUUACGCGCACCGAAUAUCGAAUUUGUGGAUGUUACGGACGGAGGUGUACUUGGGAUAAUUCUUCAUGCUUUGAUCCAUCAACGUAUCAGAGGAAUUACUUUGGUAUCUUCGGGACCCUCUAAUAGCGUCGAGGAAUAUGAAUUCCUUGAACAUCAUGCUCAGCUAGGAGUAAAUUCGUCUCUCCAAGAGAUGAAAUGUAACAUCUACGAAUCGUUUUCGGGGGGCGGUGAUUGGUUACAUUUGAUCCCAAAAUUACAGCAACUCAAGUCACUCGAGCUAUCGCUUCUAAGAGACAACAACUUGGGUCUAUUGACGAAACUCGUACCCCUUGUUGCACGUGGAUGUAUAUCCUUGGAAAAGAUCACAUUCAACGUCUUGUCUUUCUCAUCUUUUGGUGAUUGGCUUCUACCUUUAUCGCAACACCCACAUCUCAGGUCACUGCUCAUUGCUUCCGAUAUGGUAUCCAAUGACACGUUGAUGACUUUGCAGCGUUUCCGGCAUCUCGAAUCAUUGCACCUUAAGCUGAACAGCUUUGAUUGGAAAGCUAUUGAUCGAUUGAAAAAUGACAUGCCUUGUCUAGUGUGUACAAUCCAAAAAGCCAACCAAUAA